AUGAUUCACGAACAAAGGAGGAAAUCGGCCAAACUGAAUUGGGACAAGACGCAGACAUCUUACACUGUGCCGGACGGAGGCGAUGGUUCUAAGAGUCGAGCAGGUGCCAAAACCAUGCGGAAGGACACGGAGAAGGGGAAUGAACGUGCAGAAGAGGCCACUCACGCCGAAAGGCGCAUCAAAGUGGGCGGGACGGUGUACUCUCGGGUGAAGCGGCAUGAUGAAUCAGGGGCCUUUGGUGGCGGCCAGGUUUCAGUGUGGAAACAAGAGGGGGGGACGGUGGGAGAUGAAUGGGGGGAAAUGACGCUGGAGAGCGGUGACCUGGUUUACGCCAAGUGGGACAACCCAGCAGUCACACGAUGGCAACUGCCCGAAAACUCGUCGGUGUAUGGCCACGCAGAGAAGGUGCAGAAGACAUUUAAUGCCGCAAAGGAGUGGCCCGAAACAGAGCAGACUGUUGUGCGGCUGGCGGCAGCGAAGGCGUUGGACGAAUGUUUUGUUUCCUUCGCUGACAUGGACGGCGCCACGGAGGUGGAAAGGUCGCGUAUGGUUCAGAACAUUGCCAAUGAGUACAUGGCAACAAGCGGCGCGCAAAAGUAUGAUGCUGAAAAAUCGCAAAAAUGGCUAAGUCGGGCCGCCGUGAGGGAGUGUGAGCUCUUCUUAGGAAGGCGGCAUGCGCCAGAGACUGCAAAAGAAUCGACGAGAGAGCAUGCCGCCACAUCGCUGCAGCAGGAAAAGCUUGACCGCAAAGGGCACGCUUUAAGCAAAGCGGGAGAAAAGUCUCCUAUCGCCACGACCACUGCCGCUGCGUCGGUGCAGAAGGGAAGGAGCAACGAGAAAAAAAGUGACGAGUUUUUUUCAUCACCUUCGUCACCUUUUCUUCCACGGGCACGUUUUUUACGGAAUCCAUAUUAUGCUGCUCUCUUGCUUUGUCCAUCCGCACGUCGUGGUUGUAUCGAAUCUCGGCUAGAGGCGACAACCUUUGCAGCUGCUGGUUCAGGAGAAGUCCGUGUCCUGUGCGCCGUUACCGUUUACGAGGGACGUGAAGGCCCUAAAAAACACUUGUUUGUCGUUGCGCGGGACUGGACGGGGGCGUUUUGUUUUUUUGUACUGGAACCAUUUGAUGUUGCGACAGAGGCCGUUGUUCUUUACACCUACCCAUUGCUGGGCUCAGUGGAGAUGAAUCUUGAUUCGCACCAGAGAGUCUCAUUUCACGUGGAUGGGGUGGAGUUUUUGGCCUCUUUCAAGGACAAGGAAACAGCCAGUUGGCUCCACGACGCUUUAAAAGCAGCAAUGGCUUCCAUGUACGGAGAAGGCAAUGAUUGUGAUCGAGUUGUAAGGAUGCGAGCGUAUAGCGUGGAAUUCGCUUCCCAUUACACCUCUGAAAGAGAUCUCAUGUUAUUUGAGGUGGUGAACACCAUUCUCUCUGCAACUGAUUGCAGUGACAAUUUGAUGAAGAAUAAUUUUGCUCAAUUGCGUCGAUGCCUGAUGAAAAAAGAGGGAAGAGACAAGGUGGCACUGCAGUGGCUCAAUUCCAUGAAAAUGUUGACUACCAAAGACGGUGUUUCCAUCUCUGCAGCGUCUGUGGUGAAUCAUUUGCGUGUGGUGGAGGAAAUUAUUCAAUGCCCCACUCCAUACAUUGAUGCGACGCUCUCCCAAAGACUGUAUGAAGGCUUGGAGGAGAUGGGGAGGCGCAUUCCUAAAACGAUGGCAACGUGCUCACAUCUUGCUGUUCUUCUCGAGUACACCGAUCGCGUUAUGCUGAAAUGGAGCUCAAGAUACGAAACUCCAGACGUUUUAUUUGAACCGUGUUUUAAGCCCGAGAGUCACUCGCCGGCUGCUUUUUACGAGGCCUCACUGCUGGAAGAGAGGCGAGCACGGGGUGCAGAAUACCGUCUUCCACCGGGCAUAUACUUGGCGGUGAUCUGCUUCUGUGGCGAGAGGGUUUUUACGAAUAAGGCUGGGGGCUGGAUUGCGGAGGUCAUUCAGCGCGAACCCACGCAUGAGGAAAUCCAACAAGUCGCAGCGGAUUCGGAGAACUAUCGGUGGGUGCUUCGCGUUGGUGGAACCGAUGCGAAUUGGGCUGAGGGGGAGAAUCUUGAAAAGUGGGAAGCCCUCUACAAGGAGCGCGGUGGGGAGUCAUUCAAGGCUCGCUUUCUACGAGCUGCUAGACGUCUAAAAGAAAGAAGGGUGUUUCCCAGACUAGGAUGCGUUUUUGAUACCCCAAUUUUUCAGGCCGAGGUCGGAACAACUUUGAUUCUCACUCUCUGCGAGGUGGAGUCCGAGGCAGCGAUUUCACCUGCUGCGGGCGUAUGGCGUGAUAUCCGCGAAUUGGAGCUGCGCGCGUACACGCAGACUUUGAUGUGCUCGGAGAAUGCGCGCGUGGCAUUUUUGCCCACUGGCUAUCGCCGUUGUGUCCGCUACCUGAACGCUGCGGUCCAUUAUCAAAAGAGCCUCACACAACGUCUGUCGCCGGGUUUUUACGUGGGGUUUUUUCUUGCCUCGGUGAACGCGGAAGGGGCAUUGAUGCUUGUCCCCGAGUGCAAUCGAAACCUGCCGCCGUUGGUGAAGGUAAGUGGAGAACAUCCGUCAUUGUUACAAUGGCGAUGGCUGCAAAGUUUAAAUUACCGACAUAAAACAACACAAACCUUUGGUUUACCCACUGUGGCGGAUAUUUCUGUCCCUUUGGAUGAGCGUGCGCCGUUUGAAAGCAAAGUAGGGUACGCAAUAAAGGCGUUAGAGACCGCUGUAGGGCUGAAGAUACAACAGUUUUAUGACUUGGAGCUUUUUGCGUUGGAUGAGGAGCAGACUAUUCACGCCUUCUUUGCCGUGUCUUACUAUCCACCACCGUUGCAAGACAUUGAGAGAGUUCCUGAGCCGCCCAAAGGUAUUGUGCCCAUGACAUUUAAGCUUGUACGUUUGGUCGAUGAUCACCACCAGCGGCGCUACUGGAGUGGUGUGUAUGGGUUUAUUGCCGAUGAGGCAGAUCGCAAUUAUCGGAUUUUGUGCUCCACAACACAGCCUUUCACAUCGGACGAGUCGAUCCGCCUGAAUAUUACAAGUGAAACGAUGUUCCAUGCGAUGGAGUUAGAAAAAUACGCACUCUUAUUCAGCUGGGCAAGGACUCUUGCCAUUUGGGCUGAGACAGAUGGCCGGACGCUUGUGCAGCGCUACGCAGGAAAGCUUUUGUGGAACUCAGGAACAAAUACGGAGGAUGCGGGGGAAGUGGAGGAAGUUGAAUAUCCUGGCGUCUCCCUCUCUGUGGAGGAGGUGGUGGAUGUCGCUGUGUCAAACCAGGCGGCUGCAACAGAUCCGAAGACGUUUGAGAUGAAAUCUUUGUUGCUGCAGCUUAGAUCUACCGGUAAAAAGGAUUGCGCGGCUGUUCUGCAGCGUCUUCGGGAAAUGGACGACGCCGUCAGGGAAGGCUGCCCAAGCCAUAUCGCCCAGAUGGAGGAUGUGAACAAACUGUCACUGACGUUGCGUGGCUUUGAUGAAGCACCACCGGAUGGUGGGUUCUUUGCUGCGCGUUCUGCCACUGUGUACGAGCUUCCUUGCACACUGAUGGAGUUUGUUUCGGGUGAGAACAAAGUUGAAGAUUCUUACCUCUUUGCCCGUGAGAUUGUUGAAGAUCUGAUUGAGUUGGCUGCAGCAGGCGGGACUGUUGCAGAUUUCGGGCGCAUUGCAGAAACGAUGGUAUCAUGUGUUGAAGCUGCUGAGAACAUGGUGGAUGGGGCCGCGCUAGAAGCCUUACGUGUGGAGGCGGAGGAGAAGGCUUGGGCCGAGCGAGAGCAGUUCAUAAGGAAGUGGAUUGAGAUGUUCAGGGCGAGGCCUAUUAAAUCCAUGUUUGAUGAGGCGUUGGAUGCGUCGGUGGAGGGUCCAGAGCCGCUCUUUCACGCAGGCUCCUCACAAUACAUUGGAAGCGGCAGCGACGGACUUCGCGUGUGCCUCGCACGUGCUGCAACGGACGCCAACCAGCUGCAGGAGCUUUUGCGUGUCGCCAACUCUGCUUUGCAUGGCCUAGAGUUGGCUCAGUGCAUCCACGCUUACAACGACGCUCUUCAUAAGAGUGAAAAGACUUUCCUCAGUGACGAACCUGGCAAAGAGGAGAAGAAGGUGAUCCCAGGAAAAGCCGCCACCGCUACCAUCUCUGCCACUCCACAGCAAAUUGUGACUCUUGUUUCUAAGGAGCGGCGCGAAAUUUAUUUGUAUUCAAUGGAUCCUUUGCGUUGUUUGCUGCUGCAGGGUGAGCAGCCACGUGUAUCAUUUCCGGAGAUUGGCUAUGCCGAGCUGAAAGUGCUUGGAGAUCAUAUGAAUGCGCCAGAGCAAGAGGUCGCCGCACAGCUGCGCGAUAUGCAUCCGACGGACGAGAGAGAGAGGCGGAAUUUGCUGAAUAUGUCAAUAGAACUGCAAACACCUCUCAUUGCCAUUCGGCUUUUACCUUUGGUGUACUGCAGCGAAACGGGUCAUUUUGGUGAAGAAGAAGCGAACGGUGUUCGGAAAGCAAUAAACGGCAUGCAAUUUUUAUUUUUGUACGGCGUACGAGAUUGGCUUCGGAUGGAGUCGCUGGGCGGCCCUGCAGUCGUUGGCGGCUUUGAUGUUCUCUGGUGGUUGCGUUACCUCCAGGAGGUGGGUGAGGGAGAGGAGGCGUACUGUAGCUACAGCGGCUCCUGGAAGCAGUUGUACGCGGAGACACGCGUCCGUGUGCUGCUUUCUCUUGGCGUGGGCCACGUCACAGAGGAGGAGUUGCAGCUUUGGAUGGAGGGGCUUGGCCGCCUUGUGGCGUACAUGAGUUUCAAGGGAAAAGCGAAUGUCACAGACGCGGAGGUGAAGAUUUUGAUAGAGACAUGCCCGCUGUUGCAGUCGCUGGAUCUCUCCGGAACUACCGUGACCGAUGAGUCUGUGCGUCUCUUGUGCAGUAGAUGCAAGCGACUACUGGAAUGCAGCGUGACGGGGUGUCGUAUUUCACGUGAGGCAGAAAUGUGGCUGAAUGAUUUAUGCAGGAAAAAUGCCCAGAAUUUGUAG